AAAUACUAAAUUUCUGUGCCAUAGCACAUUUGCAUUCAAAUUCAAGUCCCAUGUCUCCAUUUUAGCACCUCCCUCAUUUUCUACACCACCUGCUUUUUCUCUCUUCUGUCUCUCCCUCUUCUUCAUCCUUAAUUUCUUACACUUAUGUAUGUUGCUGUACAUUAAUAAUAUUUCAAGAUCUCAUUGGUUCUUCACUGUCUGCAAAAUAUUUUUCCUCUGUUAAAUUAAUUUUCAUUUUAUGGAUCCAAUCACAACUCCAUCUUCGUCAACCUCAAUCUUUAGACCUCACACACAUUCUUCGGACACAAGUUUCCCCAUUAUAGCCAUUGCCCUCAUAGGAAUUUUAGCCACUGCUUUUUUGUUAAUCAGCUACUACAUCUUCGUCAUCAAAUGCUGUCUAAACUGGCAUCGAAUCGAUCUUUUACGACGGUUUUCUAUAUCAAGAAACAGAAACCAAGAACACCCGUUAAUGGUUUCAUCUCCGGAUAUCGAAAAUCGCGGGUUAGAUGAGUCGAUUAUAAGGUCUAUCCCAGUCUUGAAGUUCAAGAAGUCCGACACUAAUGGCGGAAUUCAAAGCUUUUGUGAAUGCGCAGUUUGUUUGAAUGAGUUCGAAGAAGAUGAAAAACUACGAAUUAUACCAAAUUGUAGCCAUGUUUUUCAUAUAGAUUGCAUUGAUAUUUGGCUUCAAAACAAUGCUAACUGUCCACUCUGUAGAAAUAGUGUCUCAUUAGUCCCAUUGGAUCACAUUACAGCUCCGAGUUCUUCACCUCAAGAUCCAAACCCUAAUUACAGUGAGCGUCUCGUUAGCGGAGAUGAAGAUUACGUUGUUAUCGAACUGGGUAGUAUUUAUAACACGAAUUGUGACCAUCAAACGAGUUCAGGAGAUCAACUAGCACCCGCACGAUCAAUAAGUUCUUCGCCGAGGAAGCAAAAGUUUGCAGUUCAAAAGAAAUCAAGAAAGUUUAGCAAGGGUGAUGAGUGUAUUAAUAUUAGAGAUAAAGAUAAUCAUUUUGCAAUCCAACCGAUUAGAAGAUCUAUUUCAAUGGAUUCGUCGGGGGACCGGCAACUUUAUUUGUCGAUUCAAGAAAUGGUUCAGCAGAACCGAGUUGUUGAUGAGCAUGAUCAGGUUAGUCCAGCAACAGAAGGUUGUAGUAAUGGUAGACCAAGAAGGACUUUUUUUAGUUUUGGGCAUGGCAGAGGUUCAAAAAGUUGUAUUUUACCUGUUUAAUUGGACCCAUAAAGCUUAAACAAGGGGUUAGAGUAAUUCUUUUUUCUUUUCUUUGUAUUAAUUUUAAAUAGUUGUGUUUAAAAAGGCAUAUAUAGGCUAUUUAUUUUUGACAUAGAUAAAUUGGAUUCAGUUGAAGUCUCAUAUAAAUUUGAGAUUCAUUGAUGUAAAGAGUGGACCAACACCCAUGUUUGUUAUAUGAUUCAACAGCAGCAAUGAAUUAUGAUUGUGAUGGCUCAAA